AAAAGUAAAAACCGCACCGAACCUCCCACCCCGCCUAUAAAUAUUAUAAUAUUAUUCGCAUAGCAGUAGCACGCUCAUUGUAGCAUUGCUAAUUAUUUUGAACGAUCCUCGAAAUUUGUUGAAAACCCUAGGUACUAACCAGUCUCUUCCUUCUCUAAUCUUAAGGAAUUUGUUCGCGUUUACAGGUCUAGUUUAGCUUGAUCUUGUUAAUAAUGGCCCGUACAAAGCAAACCGCUCGUAAAUCCACAGGAGGCAAGGCUCCCAGGAAGCAACUCGCCACUAAGGCUGCAAGGAAGUCUGCACCUACCACGGGUGGAGUCAAGAAACCUCACCGUUAUCGCCCUGGAACUGUUGCUCUUCGUGAAAUUAGGAAAUACCAGAAAAGUACUGAACUUUUGAUUCGCAAGCUGCCCUUCCAACGCCUUGUCCGAGAAAUUGCACAAGACUUUAAGACGGAUUUGAGGUUCCAGAGCCAUGCAGUUCUUGCACUUCAGGAGGCAGCAGAGGCCUACCUUGUUGGUUUGUUUGAGGAUACAAAUCUCUGUGCCAUCCAUGCCAAGAGGGUGACUAUAAUGCCAAAGGACAUCCAGCUUGCACGACGAAUUCGAGGUGAAAGGGCGUAAAAGUUGCUUCUUGUUUAGUUCAUUUAAGUUGGAUAUUCAAUUUACUUCAAAUAUCAGGUUUACCAUGGCAUGUCUAAUUUGAACUGCUGCAUAUUAUGGGUCUAGUCUACAAAUAUGUACUGAAUUUAUUUUAUUUUAUUUUAUUUGACGAGUACAACUAUGUACUGAAAUAUUGGUACUA